UCGGGCUUCCUUACUUACACUUCCGUCAAGUUGAGCAGUUGCUGCUUAGUCUCUGUACAUUGUGGUCUUUUUUUAUUCAAUCAGACUCAAAAAACACUUUGAUAGAGAAAAAUGAGCGAAAUCAAACCAGAAGAUCCAGCGACAGCUGAGCUCAGCGCCGAGGAAAAAGACUGGGCGGCAGCUAAAGCUUUUUUUGACAGUUUGAAAACAAAAGUACCGAGGCCGCCCAAACCCCGGAAUGCUGUAACCAUCGCCGUCUCCUCUCGCACCCUCUUCAACAUGGUGGCAGAGAGGAAGAUCUACGAGGAUGACGGGCUGGAGACGUACGUUGGGUUCCAGGUGAAACAUGAAGACGAGCCUUUGAAACCUGGACCUGCAUUUCCCUUUGUUAAGGCUCUCAUGAAUGUCAACAGUCGACUGAGGGAGCUUUACCCUGACAGUGAGGAGCUAUUUGACAUCGUAUUGAUGACUAACAACCACGCUGAAGUCGGCGUGCGCCUCAUUAACAGCAUUAAUCACUACGGUUUGACUAUAGAGAGAUUCUGUAUGACUGGAGGGGAAAGUCCUAUAGGUUACCUGAAGGCCUACAUGACAAACCUUUACCUUUCUAAGGAUUCAAAGAAGGUCAUAGAUGCUAUAGAAGAAGGAAUUGCAGCAGCUACCAUGUUUAUGUCAGAAAAGGAGAGCAAUCUGAGCGACACUCAGCUAAGAGUGGCGUUUGAUGGUGAUGCCGUCCUUUUCUCAGACGAGUCAGAAAUUAUUGUGAAGCAACACGGCCUGGACUCUUUUUUUGAGCAUGAGAAAAUGAAUGAGAACAAACCCUUGGCUCAGGGUCCAUUAAAGUGUUUUCUGGAGGCCCUUGGAAAGCUCCAGAGAAAGUUUUAUGAGAAGAACGAACGCAUGAAUUGCCCGAUCCGAACCUUCCUGGUCACCGCUCGCAGCGCAGCGAGCUCUGGUGCUCGUGUCCUGAAGACCCUCCGAACCUGGGGCCUGGAAAUUGAUGAGGCCCUCUUCCUUGCUGGGGCUCCAAAGGGGCCCCUGCUGCAGAAGAUCAGACCUCAUAUCUUCUUUGAUGACCAGAUGCACCAUAUUGAGGGGGCCAAGGAACUAGGAACCAUAUCUGCACAUGUCCCUUAUGGAAUAGGACAGAAGUACCACAAAGGGAAACUCAUUGAGCAGCCAGAAAAAAAGGAGUAACUUGAAGUGAAACACUAAAAUUUAUCUCCAUAGGAAAAGAUUAGCUCCACAUUAGUAAUAUUUUUUUAUAUAAAACAUGCCCCUCUAAAGGAAAAGUUUGGAUGAGACUGUAAUUCCUAUAUAUAUUUUUAAAGCACAGUUCCAUAGUGGCCCAUAAAGUUCUCUUUAUAUAACUAAAAAGACAAAAAAAAGAAAGACUAGCAAACACUGUUACGUUUUAGUCAAAUCUGUACCUUUUUAUUGGGUCAGUCAGAAAUGAAAACCCUUUUAAAAUAAAGUUUACAUCAUUUUGGUCAUUAUUUGUAUCAUACGUAUUUUUGUUUGGGCUUGAUCAGAUGAUCUCUUUCUUCUGUAUGGUUAAAAAAAACAACAUAUUUCCUUCUUGCACCUUUCAUCUUUAAAAAGCUGCUUUCCUACAAGGGUGGAAAUGCAGCGGCUUAUAGGAACACCAAUGCUGCCUUUUUGUGUUUACAUUCUUGCUGUAGAUCAUAAACAACAUAAAACCUCUGUUCUUGUAAUUGCCUUUGCUCUUUACCUUGUUUUUAACUUGUGCAGGUGACACAGGGCAAAACUACAUGUGAACGUUUGCAGACAGCAUAUAUCAUGCUACAGAACUAUGCAAAUGUCAGUUCACAGCUGAGUUGCACAAACUUCUACAGUAAAUUGUGUUUUUUUAUUGUCACAACUGUCAUGCCUUUAAACUUUGAGUAUAAAAGAAAAAAUGCAUUUUCAUAUAUUCUAAAUGUCCUAAAAGUAUUGGUUUUGCUAUUUUAGUAAAUAAAUACAUUACUGCCAAAAGCAACUU